AUGGUUAUUUGCGGCUAUCCCCGAAUUCAAGCUGGAUUUGCCGAAGCUGUUCACUUGCACCUGCUGCUGAAUUCACAGCAAAGCUCCGAGACACUCCAGAAGGCUUCAGAAAAGGAGCUUGAGCAGGUGCGCAGCGACCUCGCACAUGCCCAGGCAGAGCUUCGAGUCAAGGAGCAAGAGCUCCACGAGACCAAGACAGAUCUAGAGUUGGAGGCGGGUUCUGGGGAAUUCGCCAAGGAGAAGGCGAACCUGCUGGGAGAACUGGCCGAAAAAGAUCGGGUGUCCUUCGGUGUUCGCGUGGACUAUGACACCGGAGAGCAGGGAUACCCCGUCCCUGAGAUGCUAUCGUUUGAACAAACGCUUCGACGCAAGCGUCAUUUGCUUGCCCCUCGCAUCGUCAGCGAGCUCACCGGCCGUGCGUGGGCUAUCACGGGUGACCUCAGCCAUCGUGAGCUCUGUCGCCGUGACGGCGUGAUAUACUUACUCCAGUAUUUGAAGGAGUCACUGGGCCGCCUUCCUGUGCCUGACAUUGGAGUGAGACUUGAAGCCUUGAUGCUGCGAUUGCGGAGGUCCCCUGCUCAGAGCAUGGCAACAUGGGCGGCACAUCUUCGCCUUCAGUAUCGACAUCUCCAGGUUGCGUUGUCGCAGGUCCGCACCAAGGCUGGGGACAAGAGCAAGAAUGGGGUUCGAUCAUCUUCGGAACCUUCGGUGGCGUCCUCUCCAGCUCGCCGAGCCAGCCUUGCCACCGAAGAGGAGCCACAUGCUGAGGUGCAGGCGGCCGAAGAAGAUGAUCAGGUGACAAUUGGUCCUCCACCUGAUGAUCCUCGAGACGACGAAGUGGAACUUCAAGAGGACCUCGGUGCUCGCAAGAAGAAGAACCGAAAGGCGGCGGCAGGCAACAGUCUCAAACUGGAUGCCAUCGAACGAGCUCUUCGCGGCAUGGAGGAGGAGCUCCUUCAGACCGAGGGACACGGUAAAGGUGGCAGAGAUCCGUCGCGAAGAAGAACCUACUGGGUCGAAGAGGCUGGGCACUGGUCCCUUCUGAUGGGCGAAGCGUCAGAGCUGGAUGACCUGGUGGAUGGGGGAGAGACUCUCUAUGUUGGAGAGCGGCUGCCACAGCAGGCCUACUGUGAUCCUUCGGCUAUGUGGACCUCUGGGGAUGGAUGGACUGAGCAAGAGUCCCUUCAGACUUCGUGGUGGUCCUCGCUGGACAGUCCAGAUGGAUGGCAUGAAGGCUGGCAGGAAGAUGCCUGGUGGAACGAUGAGCCAGACGUCUCAGACCUCACUCCAGAGGAGCAGAAGGAGGUGGAUGAAGCCUUCGCAGUGGCCGAGCAAAAGAUGCGGAAUCCCUCCUACACCGGUUGCUUCAUUUGCGGAGACAAGGGGCAUGAUUUCCGGAGCUGCCCGAAGAGGGCGUCCGGGAAAGGGGCCAAGAGUAAGAAAGGAGGCCACAUCAACUUCGUCGAUGCUGUGGUCUACACCGUGGAAGAGAUCCCAGAGGAGGGCCAAUGCUUCCAGAACCUGGGUGACACGGAGCUGCCGGUGCCAGACGAGGAGCUCUCCGGCUAUGCAGUCAUUGACAGUGGAGCCACCGAGACGGUGUGCAGCUUGCCCGCAUUAGAGGCUUUGGUGAAGCUCAAGGAAGCUCGUGACGGAAAGCCCGUGGGUUUGGAAGUGACUCAGGAGCCGGUGAAACGGUUUAAGUUUGGCAACGGUGAGCAUGCCUAUGCGUCCUCGUAUGUGUUGUUGGACCAGAUGCUGGGGGAGAGAAAGAUUCAGUUAGGGAUGUUCACUUUGGACGUCGAGGGCGUUCCUGUGUUGUUGGGGAUGAAAACACUGCGAAGGUUGAAGGCGAUCAUUGACUUUGACCGUUGCCUGGUCGUCUUUGCUGCUGUGAAUCCCUGUUUGGCCAUCGGUCUGAGGCGAAGCCGAACCGGGCAUUUGCUCCUCAGUCUGACUCAGGAUUGGCUUUCUCAAGGAGUUCACCUGGACCAGCUAGGGUCUGAGUUGAAUCUUCACCCUGAGAUCUUGCAAGCGGAGAUCGAGGAAAAUGAGACUCUCACUGCAUUCAUGGUUGCUGAUUCCUCAAGAGCUACUUCAAGUAUGCCAGCAGACCCGCAAGUGAGAGCAUGUGCAGCGUGUGUGUCUAGCAAGAGCUCAGCAUCCGAUGCCAAGACAGGGGAAGAGUCCAGUUCUUCUGUGCCUGCGUCUUGUUUGAAGUUGACAUCUCCAAGCGGUCCGCAGCGAUUGAGAUCUCAGGCUAGUGCUCGAAUGUGCACCUUGAAGGCCCUCUUGACUUUUGCUGCCCUUCAUGGCGCAUGCUUCGACAACCUCCCCGACGGCGGCAAUGGCAAGUUCAGCGCCUCCUCCUCCGUCAACCAAGGCCGCUCCCAAGAGCAAGACCAAGCCCAAGAAGGGCGGAGUGGCUACUCCUCUGGAGGCCGAGAGGGGCGAAGGGUGCCUCGUCAGGGACAGCACGGGAUCUACCGGCGCUCUGCACCUCUGGCGGCCGAUGUCAAGGAGGUGCACCAGAACCUGGAUCCCCAGACGGAGGAGAUCAGCCAAGGCCAAGGGAGCACCCCCUUCGUCAACAGUGGCUGCCACGACUCCGACGACCUUGGCCAAUGGCGACUCUCCACCACCUCGGCCGACUCCGCCCAACGAGACAGCAACUACUCCGAACAGCAAUCCCAGCCCAGUGGUGGUCAUACCGGACACGCAGGAGGAGAUGGCGUCACACCCGGGCAGGAAAGCAGCUCGGGCCAACGAGACCUCAGCAGAGAACCUGGAGUACUCAACGCGAUCCUGAAUGAUGAGGGUGCGAGCUACCGUGUGAAGCUGGUCAAUGGCCAAGCAGUGGAGCAGCUGGCUGAGGAGUUGUUGCACCAUCGCAGGCUUGAUCAUGGCUCCUUGGAGAUGCUCCUGAACAUGAUGGUGGCUUCUCGACCCCAGCCUCAUCGCGGCUUGUGGAAGGACAUCAAGCAGGGCUCUUUUGUGAUGACUUUUGGAUUCUAUGUUCAUGGACCCAUGAGCGGCAUCACCCGAGCCACAAGCCAAUAUCCUCAGGUUUGUCGUUACGUGAAUGCCUGUGUUGCUCAAUGGUUUCCUCAAGAGAGUCCGACAUGGACUUCUGUGUCAGUGUCAUGUAACAUCAAGUCGGAGAUGCGCAUGGAUGUGCAUAACUUGGCCUCUUCUGACAACUACACGUGCACGUACGGUACUUUCCAAAAUGGUGCCCUAUGGAUGGAGCUUCGAGAGGAAGACCCUGAUCCCGGACUACCUCUGGUCUGGAGAGCGAAGCCAAACGGCUUGAAGGUCCCUGGAGUGAGUAUGAGCACACGCCAUCGUCCGGUGAAGGUGUCACCGAAAAGAUAUCAUUGCUCACUCCCGUGGACAGGAAACCGCUAUGUGGUCACGGCCUUCACCCCUAGGAGUGGGGAUUCUCUUCCAAAAGCAGAUGCUCUGCUUCUACGACGUUGUGGGUUUGGACUCCCUUCGUCUUCGGCCCAAGUGAGCUUGGUCGGAGAGGCAACCCAGGAGGAUGAUGAGGAGGCGAUGGUCCUGACUGAGAAUGCCCUGUCUGCUGAGGACUGUGAGUGCAUCCUGCGCCCCCUCAAGAAGGCUGUGGACGCCUUGGAGGAGAUCCAGUGUGUACCCACCGGUUGCCCGCUUGGAUGUGGCUAUGCUCUGUGA